UUCUCUGAUUGGUCAAUCCCCUACACGUUACACAAGCUGUUUCGUAAAUUUUAAAAGCAAAAAUUGUGUAAGGUGGAGUACUAAACGUUGCAACAAACGGCGCAGGGUGCGCUCGCAUCGCUGUAGUGAAGUCAAGUCAACUCCAUCUCUGUAAAGUUUACAGGUUGCACUGACGAUGGGUUCAGGUGUGUUGCUCCUCCUGGUCGGACUCUGGCAUCAGUCCCAUUCCCAGAGCUCUGAGCCCAUGCUUCAGGUUGUAACGCAGACAGUGCUUCCUCCUGACAGACUGCACAAUCCCACUCAACUCAACUAUGGAAUGGCUGUAACAGACGUGGAUGGUGACGGUGACCUGGAGGUGGUCGUGGCAGGUUACAACGGGCCCAACCUGGUGCUGAAGUACGAUCGCACUCAAAACCGACUGGUAAACAUCGCUAUUGAUGACAGUAACUCUCCAUACUACGCCCUGAGGGACAAAGCAGGAAAUGCUAUUGGAGUUACUGCCUGUGAUGUGGAUGGAGAUGGACGUGAGGAGAUCUACUUCCUCAACACAAACAAUGCCUAUUCUGGGCGGGCAACUUAUUCAGACAAGCUCUUCAAGUUUCGGAACGGCCGCUUUGAAGAUCUUCUGAGCGAUGAGAUCAAUGUGCGUCGCGGAGUAGCUAAUCGCAUGGCAGGACGCUCUGUUGCUUGUGUUGACAGAAAGGGAACAGGCCGUUACUCAGUGUAUGUGGCCAACUAUGCCAGUGGCAAUGUUGGUCCCCAUGCUCUCUUAGAAAUGGAUGAGAAUGCCAGUGAUGUCACCCAGGGUAUCAUUGCUCUGUCAGAUGUGGCUGCAGAGGCCGGGGUCAACAAGUUAACAGGUGGGCGUGGGGUGGUGGUUGGACCAAUCCUGAGCCAGUCGAGGUCUGAUGUGUUCUGUGAUAAUGAGAAUGGACCUAACUUCCUGUUCAAGAAUAAUGGAGAUGGGACGUUUGUUGAUAUGGCCAGACAGGCAGGUGUGGAGGACCGAUACCAGCAUGGCAGAGGAGUAGCACUGGCUGACUUCAAUGGCGAUGGAAAGACAGACAUCGUCUAUGGCAACUGGAAUGGCCCACACAGACUUAUGCUGCAGGGCAGUGACUCUAAAUUCCAGAACAUAGCUACUGGAGGAUUUGCAGCUCCCUCACCGGUUCGCACAGUCAUCGCUGCCGACUUUGACAAUGACAAGGAGCUGGACGUGUUUUUCAACAACAUCGCUUACAGAGGCAGCGCCCCUAACAGACUGUUCAGGGUGUUAAGGAGAGCUAAUGCAGACCCUUUGAUCCAGGAGCUGAAUGUGGGAGAUGCUGCAGAGCCACAGGGGCGAGGAACAGGUGGCACUGUCACAGACUUGGAUGGGGACGGACAGCUGGACCUGCUGCUGGCACACGGAGAGAGUGCCCAGCAGCCAAUCUCUGUCUUCAAGGUCACACAGGGCUCGUCCAACAACUGGCUGCGGGUCAUCCCUCGCACCCAGUUUGGCUCUUUUGCCCGGGGAGCCAAGGUAACAGCAUUCACCAAUCAGAGUGGAGCUCACACACGCAUCAUUGACGGAGGCUCGGGGUACCUGUGUGAGAUGGAGCCUGUGGCACAUUUUGGUUUAGGAAACGAUGAGGCAACGGUACUAGAGGUCUCCUGGCCAGACGGCAGCUCGGUCACACGACCCCUUCAGCCUGGUGAAAUGAACUCAGUGGUGGAGGUAGCCUAUCCCAAAGAAGGGGAAAUGGCUGUUCUUACCAAUGACACGCAGUGUGGUCAAGGUUUUACUGUGAAGAAUGGCCGCUGUGCAGGUCUGUGAGGAUAAUUACAUGCAGUGGAAACCGCAGUGGAAAAUUCAACACAAAUGUUUUGAACACAUUCUUGAUUUGAAAUCCUUUUUUUGUUGUUGUAUUUUCGUGCUUUAAGCCAGGGACCUUGCUGAUUUCUUUACUCUAUGAGUAGUUUGACAUUUUUUUGUGCUCCUUGCUCGACUCUUUAACUUUUAUUAUCUUUAACUUAUAUUAUUAUACACUUUUAUUGCUUCUGCUAGAUUAUUGUCAUCUUCUAUGUGCCAUGGCAAACUAACUAAAUAAACUGCUGCAUAUCAGUA